AAUUAAUCCAGGACAUUGAAGAAGUUUAGUUGGUAAUAGGUGUUAUCAGCAAUAGUAACAAUGCCUCAAAAUGCAAUAGUUAUCGUGCGCUACGGCCCCUAUGAAUCGUGUGGAAUCGUGGACCACAGAACGUUUCGUCUGAUUGGCCUCCAAGCUGCAUUGAAAGAGGAUGGACAUCGUGUCUUGGAAAAAAUGUCUGAUUGGAACAAGGUGGAACUUGAGGUCAAUGGAGAAUGUGUCUACACAUACAGCAUAAAACAGCUGGAGUUUGGAGGAGAUGGGAAACUGGACCCCCUAUGCAAGGAGGCCGUCGCUGCUGCUGCAGAAUGCAUACUGAGAUACACACCCACACUCUACCAGGAGAUUGGUCAAAGGGGAUGA